AUGGCCGAGGACUCUGACGACAACGACUUGGACUCUGGUCACUUCCGCAUGAGUUUCAACAACGUUGUGAGUAUUGACCAGAACAUGCUACCGAUCGUCAACGUACUCGAGCAUGUCCUCAAACUAAAACGCUGCUCUCGAAUCUGGCUGUGUCCGACUGCAGCUUUUACUCUCCAUGCAGCUCACCCGUUUCAAACAAAGCCAUGCCUGGAAGAUCUCUACAUUCGCUCUUGCAUGCCGACACUUUUGGCUCUGAUCAGAUCUAGACAGUCGAUGAAGAAGCGCGUGCUUCCGUCCUUUGUGGCGAUUGGACAGGGUCGGCCGGGUGCAGGGAAAGGCAAGGCGCUCUUGGCUGUCGACAGCGAGCUCGAGCUUGCUCAUAAGCUCGUCCCUGCGACGGCCAACCGCACCACUAUUUCUGGCGACAAAGUCGAGUUUGCGUUCUUAUCGGCUUGUCAUACUGCUGUAGGCGAUGAGGAGAUAUCCGACGAAGUGAUCCCUCUAGCAGCUGGUAUCCAGUUUUCAGGGUUCAAGAACGUCGUUGGCAUGCUGUGGGAGGUCGAUGAUGCUGUCGCGAAAGACGUCGUCGAAGCUUUUUACGAGUAUAUGUUUGGAGAUUUGAAGAAAGGUUGUGACAUGGACUGUACGAGGGCAGCCUGGGCACUCAAGCUACAAGUGUGCUACGCACGCGGUGAAGACGAAAGUGCCGCUCGAACAGAGGAUGUGAUCAAAAACAAGGGUACACCAGAUAGAGCUCGUAGUACUCGUGCAUCGUCACGCAAUGGACCCACGGCUCUGCAAGACGCAAACGGGACCUGGGAGUAA